GCUGAGAGCCCUCUUUUCUCUCCACCACCACCCACCAUUCAACACUUCCAAGUUCCAACGCUACCCUUUCCACUUAAAUAGAAUCGAUUUUAAAACGAAAGCUCGCGUUCUUAUUUGUGAGCCAAACAUCUUCAAAUAAAAAUACUAUAAAAUCACGUUUCCAAUGUGGACAGUUCUACGAGCUCGAGCUGGUUGUUCCUCGCGUUCUCUUCUUCAACCAUGGAAGCUAGGGUUUCCCUCUCUAUCCACCACCGCCUUUGACGGUGGCGUCCUCGAUCUGCAAGAAAUCCAAAAGAUUCUUACGGACGUUCAAGCUGACGACGUCAAGAUAAUUCCAGCUCCUAAGCACAACGACUGGACUGAUUUCAUGGUACUUGCUACUGGUAGAUCCUCUUGGCACGUCAAGAAUAUCGCUCAAGCCCUUAUUUACCAGGCUAAGCAGAAGCAGAUAGGAGUUGAGCGAAUGAUGCUGCCUAGUGUGCAAGGGCAAGAGGAUGGAAAGUGGAUCGUCAUUGACUCCGGUAAAGUAAUAGUUCAUGCACUUGAUGAAAAUGCUAGAGCUUACUACAAUUUGGAGGGUCUUUGGACCCGUGGGACAUUGCCAAAUGAACCUAUUGAGGAUUUACAUAAAGCUUUGGUGAAGGUCAGGCGGAAAAACAAUUCCAAGAAACCUGCCCAAAAGAAAGCCUAAUUGGUGUGUCGAUGUAACUGCAAAUAAUAACCUUUAUUUACUGUAGUUGUUGUGUAUGCAUCCGACAUAAACAAAAGUAGUUUGUAUUUUGUAACAAGAUCUUCAACUUUCGUAUCUGUUAUUUUACUUGUUACAAAUACAAAUAUUGCCUGCUUGUCUUGUUUGCUGCAAUGAUAAAGUUAAGAGAACGUAAAACUGAAGUUUUCAAGUUA